UUGUCCAUGCCUGGAGAGAAAUGUCAAUCUGUUCAUUGGAUUACAUGCAUUGGUGCAUCAUUGAAAAAUAAGUCUUGUGAAUGACAAUCUGCUUCUCCAGCAGGCGCGACGUGCAAUUUUGAAUCAAGCUGUAUGCCUUCAGAUGUGUAUUGUGUAUAAUUACUGUACAUAAUCCAAUGGCUAAAACCAUAGACAGGUAAUAACACACCACGAUAAAAUAAGUAGACCUACAGAAUUGCACGUGAUGUAUCAUUUGAAAUAUGAUUUCGUGGAAGCAUCUCAUCUGACAUUCAAUUUAUGCAUUACCUAGUAGCCCGUUUAUCCUUUUUGCACUAAAUUAUACGUGGUGUCGUAACAGAAACGCGAGCGGAAUAUUCAUUUGUGUUGGGUAUUAUACAUUAUAGAACUGUGCCGAUAAAUUACACUGAUUUAAAAUGCACCACCGAGCCCUUAAGGUGAUAGUGGCAUGAUAACACAUUAUUCUUACCUUCGAGCACCUCAAAUAUAGCCUGCGCCAUCUUGCAUUUCCACGACUGGGCGAUCGGCAUUUGACUAGUAGAGUCUGUUGGCUUGAAUGCGCUCCUCCCAGCUGUCAAAUGCGUGUAGUACUAGAACUAAUGUUGGGAACUACGGACUAGCAUGUGAAUAUUUGACGAUUAAAUUUAAGUAACAACCUGGUAAUACUGUAAACAUUGUUGUAGUACAAUAUUUUCCGUUUAUUAAUUUCAUUUUUAAAAAUGAAACCGAAAAUAUCCCAAUAGAGGCGUGAAUGCAAAUUAAUAAUAUAAUGUAUUUUUUGAAGCGUACUUUCAUGUCAAUUUACGAUGGUUAAGUGUAAAUGCCACUGGACUGGAUGACAUUUAAAUGCGUAUUUGUAUCGACAAAUUUGCGAUCGAUAAAAUGACUGACAACAAAAUCCACCAAUCAGAGCACGCUCAACUCGUCUAGCGGGGAACUCGUUUUCUCGACCAAUGAGAGGCCCCGGACAGGCGCACGUGUCGAUUUCGCGGCAAAAAAGAUUUCGCGCGAAAAGUAUCCCAUCCUUGUUUGGAUCUCGAUCAGCUGGGACAAUAACAACAAUUACGGACAAACACCGGGCAGCGAAGACGCUUUUAAGAAUGGAUCGCACCCACUGUGAGCUUCAUGUUCAUUAGCUGAUGCUGAUUUAGCUGAUCUGUGAAUUUACUUUAUUAUUUUUUUAAAUCUGCACUUUAGUCAGAAAGCUUCUCGCAUGCCCCAACAAACAGAGGGCGAUUGGUGCUAGCAUGCUAAUAUGACUUACUGCAUGAUCCAGAAUAGAACUUCACUUAUUAAUGUUUCACACCAAGGUACAUUUACUUAAAAUCGUCCGAACAUAACGGCAACAUUUUGAUGAAGGUGAAGCAACUGUCUUAUCGGUGUUGCAUAGUGCUCUCGACCCUUCCUGUAAAACUGCCGCAAAGUUUUACACGACAUUUCAUUCAAUUUGAUGUCGUUUCCGGUGUUGCAUUCUUGCUCUCCAGACGCAAACGGCGACUUUGUCCUCGAAUUCGUGCAACUCGCGUCGUCCCUAGAAGCGGCUAGCUCCUCGUUAGCAUGCUUGUUGACGGGGCCUGGUCUCGUGCUGACAACCGCAGGUGAAAACAAAAGAUUAGCAUGCUAGCCCGCUAUCCAUCUGCUCUUUUGACUCUCGACUUCUUUGUGUGCUUAAACGCCACAUCUGGCUUCCCGAGCUGGUACGUGUCUGGCAUUAUUCUAUUCUAAAUACAUUUGUUUGGGCAUCCCGUCUUUGCUGUUUCACUCGAAGUGGUAUUACAAUUUGGGUGUCAUAGAUUCAUGAGGAACUUCUUGAAAACCUGUCCACAAGUUGCUCAAGAACACUUGAAGCCAAACGAUCAUCACGUGGCUUCUUAGUCACUGAUAAGAGUGGAGCACUUGAGAAGUCAGAGUGCAUCUCGUUGUGACAUUGCAAACUGUGAGAGACCCCUGCCAUGUCAGAGACUCUGAUAACAGGCCGCACGUCUGAGGAUCUAUUGGCUGACUUCGAGACUUUGCUCAACCCCGAUGGUGUCGGUCUGGGUCAGGACCACCAGAUAGUCAUCAUUACCAGCCCCAGCAAUGAGGGUCUCCACCUGGAUGCCGCCCCCUCCAGCACGGGAGAAAUCCUGCUGUUUGCUACACCGCAGGGAACUGCUGAUGUGGCCUUCCAAGAGAAGAGAAGGCCAGCACUGGGAAAACCAUCGGUUAAGAGGAAGUUGGACCUGGACAGCGACCAUCAGUAUGUUAGUACGUCCCGGCCAUCUUCAGGCCGUGCGCCACCGUCCACACCUGCCCCUCCCAGAGUUCCUCGAACCGUUACGGAAAAGUCUCGCUAUGACACGUCCUUGAACCUGACCACCAAGCGCUUUCUGGACCUCCUGUCCCAGUCAGCUGACGGUGUGGUGGACCUGAAUUGGGCCUCGCAGGUCUUGGAUGUGCAGAAGCGGCGCAUCUAUGAUAUCACCAAUGUUUUGGAAGGGAUCCAGCUCAUUUCCAAAAAGUCCAAGAACCACAUCCAGUGGCUCGGGAACCGUGUCGACGGGGAGUCAGUCGCCCUCCAUCAGGAGCUGCGGAAGGAAGUGUCCGACCUGUCUGCAGCUGAGGAGCAGCUGGAUAAGCUCAUCUCCAAAUCCAAUCUUCAGCUCCGACUACUCACAGAGGAGCCACAGAACAAAAGGUUGGGCUAUGUGCGCUGCCAGGAUUUGAGGACGUCGUUUGAUACGCCCGACCAGUUAGUCAUGGUGAUCCGAGCUCCACCAGAAACCCAGAUGCAAGUCUCAGACCCCAGCGAGGGUUACCAGGUGUCGCUGAAGAGCACGCGAGGCGCCAUUGACGUUUUCCUCUGCCCGGACGACAGCUCCGGGGUUUGCAGCCCCGUGACAGAAAGCAGUCCCUCAAAAACGAGCUGCGACCCCCCGCCGCACACACGAGCCAGCCGCUCGACGCCCGGCAAAGACAGAAGUUCCGUAGCUCUGGAAGUGGCUUUGUCAUCCCCUGUGUCCACGUCGUCCACGCUAACAGCAGCUUCUCAGCCAGAAUCCUCAGCGCUGUUGUUGGGUGCGGAAGCAGAAUCCCUUAUGAACAGCGACCCAUUCUCAGGCCUGGGGGACAUGGCAGACUUUGACUUCUCCACGGACUUCCUCCACGGAGAAGGCCUUCCUCUCCCAUUGGACGGUUUCAUCAAUUUGUCUCCGCCUCACAACCCCGACUACCACUUUGGCCUGGAGGACGACUUGGGUGUCACUGAACUGUUUGACUGUGACUUUGGUGACUUGUCACAAGUUCUGGGGGAGAGUUAGACAAGGGUUGGGCGGUUGGGGAGAUUUUAGGUCUGGGAAAAGUCAGACUAGUACAGUGGACCCUCGGAGGUUCCACCUUUUGUUAAGAAGAGAACUAGUUCGCUCUUAUAAAAGUUUGAAGUGUGGUGCAAGUGAGUUGUUUAAAUAACAUUUAAUUUACAUUUUUAAUAUUUGCAUUAAAAUCAAGCAAAUCUUCCACUCGUAAAAAUACCAGCCUGACACACACGCACACAAAACUUUCUCCUAAAAUAACGGCUUUUCGUACUGAUCAGGGAAUCUCAAAAUUUUACCCCAAGCUCUCCAAGUACCACCAUAAUUGCCAACGAUAAAAUGGAGUCUAAAAACUAGAGAGGCUGAGGUUUUAGUUCUAAAGUGUGCGUUUAUUUACGUAAGUUAAAUACAACUAAACUGUACUUAAAAAGGAAAGUACUGUACAUGAGUACAGUACUGGAUUCAGAAAAGAUAUUGCAUAGCUCUAAUAUUUGAUUGUACUUUGUUAUAAAUGUAAAUUGGAAUUCUAUUAUUUCACUUAUUUAUUUGUGUAACGCUCUAGAGAAACUCCAUGUACCACUAGUGCAGUGCUUCUCAAUUAUUUUCUGUUACGCCCCCCCCCCUAGCAAGAAGAAAACUAUUCGCGCCCCCCCUCCCCACCGUGACUAUCCUAACUUGUCUUGUAAGUCGUAAAAUGUUGCACUGUCGCAAACGUGACAGAAGUAACAAUGAGAGCGCCACUGCCCCCUGCUGUAGUAAACGCGCAAUUACACUUUAUUCUAGUACUGCCAAAAAAAAAGCCUGUUCCCCAGGGUCACACGCGCCCCCCCAGGAAUAGCACCGCGCCCCCCUUGGGGGGCGCGCCCCACUAUUUGAGAAGCACUGCACUAGUGGUACUCGUACCAUACUUUGAGAAUCACGGUAAUAGGUACCGUAAUUCCUCGAGAAUAACGUAAUUAUUUUUUGCAGGACAAAAAAAACCCCGUUAAAAUCAAGGGAGUGUAUUUUAUUGUACAUAGGUUUAGGGGAGAAAAAAGAAAAAAAAGCACAUUUGUCAGCUUGAUUAGAUGUCCCGGUGUUGUGAAAAGGAUGUAGUUUCAUUUCAGUAUGACUUUAACUUAACUUUUAACUUAACGUCUAAUGCUACAAAAAUAUAUUAGUGGAUAUUAAUGUGGUGGUUUUGAUGUAAUUUCUUGGCGGAGCUAAUGACCAACUAGCAUAUUACACACUUGUGUUUUUGUGGCGUGUGUGUCAACGUAUUUUUGUAGCUGAGUCUUUUUCUCAACUGGCAAAUUGGGGAGCAUACUUUUCAUGAGUACAAAGAAGAAUCUGAUUUUGAAGGGCUACAAUCUGCAUAUAAAUUGAGUAUACAUUAUUCUCGAGAAAUUAUUGAAUAGAUUUAUCUCCUCUCAUUGUGUCUCUAAUCCUUCCUUCUAACUUCCAAGUGUUGCUUGCGACUACUCCGAGGGUCCGCUGUAGUACUUUGGACAAUCAAGCAACUUGCGCAAUAUUGUUGCUUGAAAUGAUUCUAAUUGAAACCCCCAACCCUCCAAAUUGUACAGCACUUCCUGUUUGGACUUUAGCUCGGAUUUAGCUAUAUUUAAAUUGUUCGUGCGUGUGUGUGUAUGUUUUUGUGAAGGGUUUUUAAUGUGCAGGGUGGCACGUGCAAGUGACUUGAGAGUUUGGAGCCAAGCCAGGCUUACCCUUACCCUGGCCCAGCUCAAUCUUCAGGGUUUCAUGGGAACAGUGCUGGUUACGUUUGCUGGUGGAGCAAAGGUUGGAUGAUUUUGGAAGGUGAGUUAACAAAGAGCCCUCAAAAUGCUGAGUGGCUGUGUGAGUUUUUGUUUUCUGCAAACAGAAAUUGUGCUUAAAUAUGUCAAUUUAUUUUGAUGCCUUGAGGUGGCGAUUGUGCGGAUACGGGAAAAACUUGUGAGCUCAGUGAUCAAUAGUCACAUGUUGGGACACUUGUCAAUGUACAACAUGAUGGAUUUUGCUGGGAAUGGACAGCGAUAAGUGUUUUCUACUUGGCCUUUGGCCACUUUGCAAAAUGUCUACCAAUUUUUGCAUCAAAACAUUUUUCUUCUAAUUUAUGUAUGCUUUGUUUCCCUUCCACGGGGGUGUACACGUGUGACGAAAAGUUAUCUUUUAGUACAGCGUUGAAUUUGUUAUUUAUUAUUUUUAUUUGAUGGGAUUCUAAAGAAGGUCUUGCUAGCAGGAAGGGACUUUUCGAAUGAUCCAUGCAAAUGAUCCUUUGAGUAUUUUUGCGUGAGUCUUUAUUAGCGUUUGAAUAUGUGCAUUUGCUAGUGAUGGCAAGUUUUCUCAUGUUUGUAAUUUUGAUUCUCAUCACUUGCAUCACUUUAUUUUCAAACUGUGUUUUAUCAACCUCAGCACUGCACUGUUCAGGGUGCCUCUGUCCUUUAAAAAAAAAAAAAAAAAAGACAAAUCUUUAAAAACGGCAGGUUUUUCCUCAUUAACGUUGCGCAAGUAUGAAGUUUAGCCGCUGUUAACAUGAUGGAUGAAGGUAGCUUUUUAAAAAAUAUUUGGAAAGCCAUUUAUUUAUAAAAAAAAAAAAAAAAGUGAUUUGGGAAAUAUUUUUGGGUACAUUUACAGGUUAAACAAAAUGUAGAUUAAUAUUACUACUUAUUGGAACACCUAAAGUAAAACUGUGCUUUCAAUGCAGAAAUGACUAAUUAAAAAAUAUGGAGGGUGCAAUGAUCACGUAAUGAAUUAUUUCGUUUGGUGGGGGUGAUUUAAUCAACACGUCUAUGGCUUCUGCGUCUUAUAAGAUGACUGCAUUAGUUUGUAUAGUAAUAAAUAACAUUUUGAAACGUGUUCAAAAUUACUUAUUUUGAAAAUAACUGCUAUUCUGGCCGAAGUGAAGAGAACGUUUUUGUUAAAAAUCUAACUUUAUUUAUAUGACAGUGAUUGUGUCUUGGUUGCAAUUCUGGUUCAAAGUGCUUUUUAGGGAAUUCUUUUAAAUAGCACAGUUGAAAUGCCAUCCUGAAAUGCCAAAAUAUUUUUUAGGUCUUCUUUUCAUUGGUUUGCUCAUGAAGUGGAUUUUUUUGGUCAUGAAACACUUCCUACUCUUUUGUAUCUUUUUUAAUUGAGAAAAUAAACUAUUUGGUCUUA